AAGCUACUGAGAGAGAGAGAGAGAGAGAGUCGAGGGUUGUUUCUCUGUAGAACAAGAAAAAAAAAGGAAACUGCAGUGACGAGAAAAAUCUCUCCGUCUCCGCUCUUUCCUUCGAUUCUGAUCGAUUUUUGGAAUGUUCGUUGAUUGAUUCGAUUGGAUUCGAUUCAAUUUUUUUUCUUUCUCAUUUCUAUUCCUUCGAUUUUUUUUUUCUCUUUUGGUUUCAUUGAUCGGCUUUAAUCCAAGUGAUGUCUUGAGUUUUGAUCCACUGAAAUUUCGCUAACCCAAUCAAGUAUUGGAAUCAGAUUCCAAAAGCUACUACUAAUUCUUCGAAUUUGCUGAGUUGUUGAAUUGGGGAGUACCAAAACCCUCAUUUGGCGGAGGAAGAAAACCCUAAUUUUGGGAUGUCGACGGCCUUUGACGCUUCCUCCGAUCCUAUCCAAGCUCAAAAUUCUCCCAGAGGCCGCCAAUCAAGGAGGUCGUCGGUGGCGCGUGGCGUGCCUUCCCCCUCCGCCUCUCCCCCGUCUAUGCCGAUUUCGGGAAUCGUUGAUCAGGAACACUUUUUGACUUCCUCUUCUUCAACGUCUUCGGAUUCCUUACCUGUCAAAGAAGUCAACACGGUGGUGGAUGAUGGUUUUGCCACGGCGGCGGGUGAAGAUUUUCAGCUGGAAAAUGGGGAGACCGGAAAGAAGCCAGUGUGGAACAAGCCAUCCAAUGGGGCAGCUGCCAAGGCGGUGGGUGCUGUAAUGGGUGCUGAGUUGUGGCCAGCUCUGUCCGAGUCUGCUCGUGCAUCCCCUAAAUCUCCUACAUAUUCUCUCAAGCCUCUCUCUCAUGGAUCAGUCAGUAUCUCACAGGAGGAUUUGACUGGAGGAUCUCUGUCUUCACCAAAAGAAGUUGGUAGUAGUAUCUCGAGUCCAAAAUCAGUUUCGAACCAUGUUAUCCCCUCUCGCCCCAAGCGAGAGUCAGCUAAGCAUAGCAGUGGCAGCUCUAGUCCGCACAUGCCAUCUACGGACAAUAUUUCUCAAGCUCCUCUUCCACAACAUGGUUCAGCGGUUGAUGCUCUGACUCAUAGUACAGGUAAACUUUCAGUCGGAGAACCUUCUAGGGAUAACAACACAAAAAAUAAGGACAAUGGACAAAGAGGUGGAUCUUAUAGUGCGAAUGAGACACAACCACAACAACGUACUUAUAGAAGGAAUAAUAGUGGGCCACUUACUCGAGGUGAUGGUUCUUAUCACCAUGGAGGACGACGCGAUCAAGAACGUGGUGGAAAACAAGAUUGGGGUCAUCGAAGUUUUAACCAUAGAGAAAGUCAUGGAUCCCAACAGCGAACGGGCUCUAGGCCUUUUCUACGUGGACCAGCUCCUAACACGCCUUUUGUUCCCCCACCUCCGGUUGCUGUACGACCUUUUGUUGCACCUGUGGUUUAUACCGAAAUGCCAUCUCCUGUAUUUUAUGUCCCUGGACCUCAUCCAGAUUCACUUACGCCUAUGUCUAUGGUUCCAAUGCCAUCCAUGUUUUUCCCCAUGCCUGAUCCUCACUUGCCUACCAAGAUAGUGAAUCAGAUUGAUUAUUAUUUUAGUAACGAGAACUUGGUAAAAGACACAUUCUUGCGUCAGAAUAUGGAUGGCGAGGGAUGGGUUCCUAUUAAGUUAAUAGCAGGCUUCAAGAAAGUCAUGCAGCUGACAGACAAUAUUCAGCUUAUCUUGGAUGUUAUAAAAUCUUCGAAUGCUGUGGAAGUGCAGGGUGAUAAAGUGAGGCGCAAAGGAGACUGGAUGAAAUGGAUAAUGCCACCCUCUCAAACCACUGUAAUGAGUCCUCAAUCAAUUAACGGAUUCAGUCCGAAUAUGCUUGCAACACUGGAUGAGAAACCAGCCAAAUAGAGAGGCAUAUCCCACGCCUUCUUCUAGAAAUGUGGAAUCACUGGCACAAUCUUUUACGACAGACUAAGCUGUUCAGAUGACGCACACCCCACCCACACUGCUGAACUUUUGUUUUUCUCUCUCGCUCUCUCUAUAUAUAUAUCACUCUCUGUCUCUUCCUUCUUCCGUGAUUUUUUUGGAGAGAACCUGAUGAAAGAUCGACCAGCCGUUUAUGCUGGAUAUUUAUUUACCGGGAGAUAGUUGAUUUUGAUCUUAAUAUAUGUGAUGGGAUGAUUUCUAUAGACAAAUAAAAACAGUAAGCUUGGUGAAGAACAAAGGAGGAUAGAAAAUAAGGAACAGUUUGUUUUAAAAUAUUGGGUUCGACUUUUGUAUGCCAUUGUUCGCUAUUUUGUGGCUGAUGUUUUUUGUUGCGUGAGCGUUUGUGGAUGCUUUAUGGAUAUAAAUUACUACUACUUAUUUCUUUGCGUGAA